AUGUCGUCCCUCAUUGAAAUCGACUCAGAGCUUCACCUGAACUCUAUCACCCAGUCUCUCCCUCCCUCCGCCCUGCUCGUCCUCUACUUCCACGCACCAUGGGCCGCUCCCUGCGCGCAAAUGCGCGCCGUCCUCUCCGCCCUCGCUUCCCAGUACCCGGCCACCUCCCCGCCCUCGAUCGCCUUCGUCAGCGUCAACGCCGAAGAACUCCCUGAUAUCUCAGAAGAAUACGACGUCACUGCCGUCCCCUUCGUCGUGCUCAUCCGCAACGCCACCGUCCUUGAAUCCAUCUCCGGCAGUGAAGCCACUAAGGUACGCGACGCCGUCGAACGCCACGCCGGGUCCGCCGCUCCUGCUGGUGCUCCCCAGGGCGCUAACAUCCCGCCGCCGCUGUCCGCUGUGCCGCGAGAGAACGGCCCCGCGACUGCGACCCAGCCGCCUGUCAACGCGAACGCCGCCGCGGCCCCCGCGCUGACCCCCGAACAGUCCAAGGAGGCGCUGUUCGCUCGCCUCGCGGAGCUGGUCAAGGCCGCGCCGGUCAUGCUCUUCAUGAAGGGGACGCCGAGUGCGCCGCAGUGCGGUUUCAGUCGGCAGCUGGUGGGCAUCCUGCGGGAGCGCAGCGUCAAAUACGGAUUCUUUAAUAUUCUGGCGGACGAGGAUGUGCGUCAGGGUCUGAAGGAGUUCGCGGAGUGGCCGACUUUCCCUCAGUUGUGGUGUAGUGGGGAGUUGGUUGGUGGAUUGGAUAUUGUUAAGGAAGAACUGGAAAAUGAUCCCGACUUCUUGAACGCUUUCUCCGUGAACAAGACCGCUUGA